AUGAAACUUAAUCACACUAACAGAAUGUCAAUUUUUAGAAAAGGACAGAAAAUGUUCAAUAUUUCUUAUAACCGUAGUGACAUGACGGGUAUUGCGGAACCUAUAGCACAAAAUGAAGGGUCAAACAAUGUUGAUACAUUACAAUUGAAGGAAGAAAUAAAUGUUAGCAUUAACUGUGAUUCGAUUGACGAUGUCUUAAAUGGAAUUGACAGCUUAAAUGGGGACAAAAUAAACUAUGCUUCAACUAAAAUAAAAUCUAAGGAAGACGUACCUACGAUAAUUUCUUUCACUGAAACCACUAUUAUAACACCUGAAAAAGCGCUUAGUGACGUUACUGAUGGGAAAUUUACUCAUAGUACCCCAAAUAAUAUCAAAAUAAAUAACAAUGGCAGUACUAAUGAUAGUAUUGCUGUUAAAUUAAAUAGCACCAAGGAUAGAUCUGAUGGAAGCAUCUGUGUAACUCCGAUAAAAAAAAAAUAA